CUCUGCUUCUAACCAUUUUCUGUUCUCGUACCUUUUGCAUCUCACACAGAAAUGAAUCUCCUGGGCAUUACGGCUGUUCUGGGACUACUGGUGGGCGCUUGGGCUCAGAUCAAUGUGCUGAGGCCUCCAUGCGACUCCUUAGAGGCAGAGGAGGCUGCUAUAGCGGCUCAGGAUUACCUCAAUGCCCAGCACAAGCAUGGGUACAAGUAUGCACUGAACAGGAUCGAAGACAUCAAGAUCUACACAAAGCCUGAUGGCGACAACACAUAUGUCCUGGAAAUUGAGCUGCUGGAGACAGACUGUCAUGUGUUGGACCCCACACCUGUUGCCAACUGCACAGUCAGGCCCAAAAUAUUGACGGCAGUAGAAGGAGACUGCGACGUGGUGCUGAAGAGGGUUAAUGGAGCUCUGACUGUCACAGCCUUCAAGUGUAAAACAGAAGUAUCAAAAGAGGACAUAUGCCCGGGCUGUUUGACCCUCCUUCCCCUGAAUCACACCAGAGCGCUGGACUUUGUCACCACCUCUCUGGGAACCUUCAACAACCAGAAUGUGAAUGUAACCUACGUUCUUCAUGAGAUCGGAAGGAUGUCAUCACAGAUUGUUCCUGGUGGGCCGAUCUAUUUAGCAGAAUAUGUUGUGGUUGAGGCCAACUGCACUGAUGAUCCAUGCGUACCCCUGAAUGAUGCCACAGCUGCUCACAGUUUUUGCAUUGCCAGGGGCUCAAACAACAAACACACAGUGGAUUGCAAGAUGUUUCCCACUCUGACGCCCAUUGUCGAUGUCAACGGAACGGCACAUGUGGACUAUGCCAACCUGCCGGUGGUUCAUGUCCAAAGAGGCAAUAUGUCGCUCAAUCAAGGCCUGAGACAUUACCAGCUGACCACCCGGCACGACCCUCAUCUCAGCGGCUAUCUGUCUUCAGAAUCAGGAGAGUCCAGUGAAGUUGUGCCUAUAGUAGAUGCCACUGUUCCUAUUGUAGAGCUUGCUGCUGUUGCUGAUCCUACUGCUGUUGCUGAUCCUACUGCUGUUGCUGAUCCUACUGCUGUUGCUGAUCCUGGCUCAGCUUCGGAUGCUUCAGAUGCCUCAGACAGUAAGCAUUUGCCUUUUGACCUUAAGAGAGAAGCAGCUGAUGAACCUGCAGCUGCUCUGGUCCAUGGUCCUGCAGCGGAGGCAGAUCCUGGCUCAGCUUCAGAUGCCUCAAUCAGUAGGGAGAGCCCUAUUCGGUUUAAGAGAUUAGUGGCUGCUGAACCUACAGCGCAGGCAGAUCCCGCUGCUGCUGUGCCAGUCUGCCCAGGAAAAGUCAGAUUUUUUUAAGUGUUCAGGUCCCACAGACUCUUUACGGUUGUCUUCUUCAACGACACUGGUACUAACAAUUUUAAUUGACACAUAAAGGUGUGCUGUGGUAAGAUGUAACAUCAAUACAUUAUCAAACAUGGAAUAAUUCAUUGUUUGCAAUUGUAACAUCACAGACAACUUCAGAAAUUUCUUUUAAAAAGUGCAUUUUAUCCUGUGAAAUAAAUCUCUCAAGUCCAAA